GCACCCAGCUCCUACACCGAGGAAAACACCGCCUCUGGUGGGCAGCCAGCACAAGCUCUUGCUCCCAACCCAGCGCCUCAUACUCUCCAGACUGACAACUCUGAAGAGGAGCGACCAGCGGAUUUCGUUCUGCAGCCGCGGACAAGUUCAGGACCUCCCCUUUCAUCAACAAGUGAGACAUUCGACACGCGCUCAACGCGGUCUGGCUCAAUUUCUCGAAACGCAAAUAGACUCUCGUUGACGCUGCCAAUUGCGCUUCCAAACAGCGUGCCCUCGAGACAAGCGCCAAGUUCUUCAGUUCCUCCCACUCCGUCAUCCGAGUCUGUGGCAUCAGAAUUGAACUCGCCUGCUGAUCCGAAUGACCUCAUCAUUGCCAUCGCUGCCCAAGAACGCCGCGUCCUGGAAAUACGCGAAGAGCUCAGCCGGGCAGAGGAUGUGCUCAAGAGACUGAAAACUCGAUGGAAUUCUUCCGAAUCGCAGAAGAUCAGAGCUUCGGUCAGGAAGAACGAGCCUCCUCGAAGCAUGGCACCUACUUCAGAAGGUCCAAGUGUCCAGGAAGACAAUCCUGCAGUCCGGCGCAGCCUGGACAUGGAGAGGAAGAAAGCGCUGUUGCUGGGCCAGGGAAACCCAAGAGAGUAUAGUAGAAGAAAGAUCAUACGUGGCGGGCACACGCGUGCGCUGUCUUUGCUCUCGCCCACCAAGCCAGAAAGUGGGUUUACAGUUCAUGAGGACAAGAAUGGUCUGCGUUCGCCCAACUCGCUCGCCAGACCGUUCCCAACCAGCAAUACUGCAUUGCUAAGCAAACGUGCCACUUGGGCACCACGACAAACCCAAUCACCACACGCAGUUAAGCAGAUCGCUCAGGAUUUCAAGCAGGGCCUAUGGACAUUUGUCGAAGACCUGCGCCAGGCCACCGUUGGAGAUGAAGGUAUAUCGGCUACAUCAAAUCGAACCAGUGAUUUCCCGCCGAGAAUGAACAGGGCCAACUCCGACCAAGAAACGAUUCGCGCUUCCACGACAACCCGUGGGCGUAUCCCAUUCGAUACAGCGUCGGAACCGGGCGAGGGUACGCCAAGCAGGACGUCAUCGGGUAGUUUCCAAGAUCGAGCCCAGCAGGGGCGGUCAGGGCCUGAGCCAAAGGUCAGAAAGCAUUUUUCCUGGACACCUCUCACCUUUGAUGAUUUUGGCGACGACGACUGGUCCAACUGGGAUUCGCCGACUGUCAAAACGUCUCGAUGGAGCGGAAGUACGGUCAAUGGCGACAUCAUCCCAGCCAUUCCAGAGAAGGUCGACGAGAAUGAGGGCACACUGCAACUGCGAGAACACUUCAAGCCUACAAAACCCAUGACUCUAACAGCCUCCAACAGCAGAAGAAAGCGAAGUCGAAGUGAACUUCGAUCGCCAUCCCCAGGAGUCCAAGCCAAGCUUGGGGAGCUACCUUCAGCCAUUCUCAACACUCUUACGCCGAGCAAGAUAAAGAGAUUCUCCUCGGAUUUCAUCAAAGAAUGGGAAAAGAGCCUC